AUGGGUCGACAGUGGAUACUCGCGGACCUCGACAAGCGCGAGAAGGCCACCUGGGGCAAAUUCGGAGAUUUCUGGGGCGGGAGUCUUGUGUUUCUCGACAACUUCCUUUGUUAUCGUCCGGUCUACCUCGCGGAUCUCGAAGAUGUAAGACUGCCUGCAUUUCUCGAGGAAAUCAAAUCGCCCCCGCGCGCCACUGCCUGCGCCGCCGCAUAG